AUGGUUACAAACCAAGAACUGAAUGACCAUCGAGAGGCUGGCUGCUCGAUUGUUCUCUCCGACAAGAAAUAUUUCCACGUGGGCAGCUGGUUCAUGAAGCGGACGCUUCGACGGCAUGAGUGGCAGUCAGUCUCCGACAAAGUCCUCAUCGUUCCUCCGACAACGUAUCCCCAACGAUGGAAAACCGACGCUGCAGUUCUCCGAUUCCUGCGCAACGAGACAAAUAUCCCGCUGCCACCUGCGGAAUGCACCUUCGAAGAUGACGGGGCCUUCUACUUCCAAUCACAGUACGUAGAGGGCGUCAGUAUGACGGAGCUGCAGCAGGAACAGAAGGAGGUGGUGAUGAAGGAGCUACAGCAGCAUGUGGCCACCCUACAGGCCCUGCGAUCGGAUAUUCCGGGAGUGCCUGGCGAAUCACUCUUGUGCCCUCCCCAGCGCGUCACCAGCAACCAAUGGAAGGUCAACAGCUGCUGGCGGCCGACCAAGGAGAAGGGAGAAUACGUGUUUUGUCACAACGACCUCGGGCAGCACAACGUCAUAGUGGACCCUGAAACGCUCAAGAUCAAAGCCAUCAUCGACUGGGAAUUCGGCGGUUUCUGGCCGGCAUGGUUUGAGAGGCCGUUCUGGAAGCGCCCUGGUCCGAGUGUGGCUCUGCAAGGGGAGGACGACGACGUGCAACGAUGUCGUGACUGGCUCAUGAGUCACUGUGACGAGGUGGAAAUGCCCCUUGGCGACAAGGAGCCAGGAUCAGGUCAGUGCCGGCCAUGGUCCGGCACACGGGGAGCGGAUGAUGAAUGCAGGGACAUGGUUUGA